CUCCAGAAUCGGUGGAGCGAUGACUACAUAAGCGUCUAGAGCUCCUGCCACAAGAGACGAGCAAACUUGACAAAGUUCUUACGGGACUUGAAAAGGACUUAACGCACCCUCAAUCAGAAGGGAACAAGUAGGCUUCAAGAGGAGCUGAAUGUUGCUACCAUGACAUCACAGGCAGGCUAUGGCAGCAGCAUGCUAUUCCGGUCAAUAAAUGAAGACCUGAAUGCAUCACUGGCCACAGCCGAUGAAUUAUCCAAAGAGUUUAGUUCUCUGCUCAAAGAAGUAUCAUCAGAUGGGAAUGGCACGCCAUCACAGACCGGAUUUAAAGAGUAUAGGGAGACAUCAGAGCCCAUUCGCAUGUCAAGCACAUCGGUCACAUCAACGGGGGCAAGUGGCAGCAGUACUGACAGCUACAGCAGCCAACCAUUUUACAAAAGUCCUAACACUAAUCGAUCUCUGGACUCUGUCCUAUCAGACAAUCGUCCAGUUUCACCAGCUUUUUCUCAUAUCAAACUUCCACCUUCCAAAAUUCAGUGGGAGCCACUCUCUGGACCUGACAGCUUUUCCUUCAGAAUAGACAGCCCCAAACAAUCUCCAAAAACCCAUAGGCGAAAUUCCCCUGUCAGGAGUCCACGUAUUUCAACCAGUUACAUGGAGAGAAGCGUUUCUCCCAUUCCUUCAGCUCUUCCUCCAUCACCCCGCACCUCCACUAGCUCUUACUCCUCCUCUGGCAUGCUCAGCCCUUAUGAUAAUGCCCAGAUGGGACGAAGAUCUCCGAGACCAGACAGAAGCCCUUCACCACUGUCUUUCAAUCACCCUAUAUCCAGCACUUUACCUCGAAACUUCAGACCAGCAGAAGAAACAAUGCAGCGUCAGAAGUCUCCCAGCAAGUGGAGUGAGACAGAUCUUGACAUGUCCUAUGAGAGAAAACCUCACCACACAUAUGACAAAACUGAUUGGCUGCGGCCUAUGGUGCCAAGCAGCAGCUGGAGGGAAUCAAACCUGGAUGGGCCUCUCCAGCCAAGCCCCAAAAAGGAGUCUCGCUCUCCAUCUCAUCAGUCAUACAGUUCCCUUCCUCGUACCACACGUAUUGCCGUUCCUCCGGAUGCUUCUUCACAGGGAUUUUCACCGUACCUCCCUCAACCCAUCAUCUCCCGUAUCUCUAUGCCUCCCACUUCGACCCCGCCACGCCAGCGCCGACCCAUUCCUCUAUCUGUCAUAAUGCGUCUACAGAAUCCCCAUCUGUCAACCUAUCAGCCUGCUGUACCCCUCCCAAGGGAGUACUUCUUCCCACCUGCACAACAACCCCAACAAAGGCCCCCUGAGCUCAGACAGCCACCUGUGUACAGUGAUGCGCUGAAUCCAUCUGAUGUUGAUGCUGAGUUGGAGGCUAUUGAUAUGACGCAUCAUAUGAGUGUAAUUGAUGAAAACACCAUACUUGAGCCCAUCAAAGACCAGGGGGCUCAGAUUGCGCCCCGCCCCCUUAGCCCCACCAGACUGCAGCCAGUGGUGGCCCCGGAGGCCCAGGUUCAAGAGAUCCCAAAUCUGGAGGAGCUGUUGGCCAUACGAGCAGAGAUCCCCCGUGCUUUGAAGAGAAGGGGGUCCAUGGACCAGACUCGCCCUCUAAAGAGUGCAUCCCGUUAUGAGCCUAACCAGUAUAAGCAUCUCAUCAGCAAUCUCUUCCGCAAAAAGGAACGCCAUUCUAAAGGGGAUCCCGGUAGUGAUGACAGCAGCUCUGAUGAAGAAGAAUUUGCCACCCCUCCUUCUCUUCCUACAGCCACAAUGUCUCCCCAUGGAUACAAGCACUCCUUUGUGCAGAGUUAUCAGUCCAUCCUGCGUAAGCCCAGAGAGCGCAAGUCAUCUGGGAAGCGAGCUCGCCUGAGCCCCCUGGUGUUGGCCCUGGAUGGGGCACUUGUGGGUGAACUGGACACAGUUCAGCGGGCCAUGCAAGAGAUGAAUGAUCCCAGCCAACCUAAUGAUGAAGGUAUAACUGCUCUUCACAAUGCAAUCUGUGGAGGCCACUACAAUGUUGUGGACUUCUUGGUCCGUAUUGGAGCAAAUGUCAGUGCUCCAGACAGCCAUGGAUGGACACCUCUACAUUGUGCAGCUUCAUGUAACGACAGAAAUCUUUGUGAGUUUUUGGUGAGAAAUGGAGCAGCUGUUAUGGCCGUAACAGAAAGUGACUGGGCAACUGCUUCACAAAAGUGUGAUCCAUUUGCAGUUGGAUUCGAGGAGUGUGAAAACUUCCUAAGGGGAGUGGAGGAGGCCAUGGGUGUGGAGAACAGUGGUGUCUUAUAUGCUCUUUGGAGUUACCCAGCCCAAGCACCUGAUGAGUUAAGCUUUAAGGAUGGAGAUAUGGUUACAAUUCUACAGAAACAAGAGGGCUCUGACUGGUGGUGGGCCUCACUGUGUGGAAGAGAAGGGUUUGUGCCUAAUAACUACUUUGGGUUAUUCCCAAAGGUACGACCAAAAACUAUGUGCUGAAUAGCUGAAGAACACUAUUUGGUAUGCAGUGUAGUGUAAUUUUUUAAUUACAGGAAAAUAUUUAUCCGUGUGCCAUAAAAUGUUGGCCUUACUGACAAGGAUAUCUGUUUGUGCCCAUCCAAACCAGUCCUUCGGUGCAGCUUAGGUAAUCUACCAGGAUCGGUAGUGGUCCACAGUACAGCACCUGGAAACCAACAUGCAGACCAGGAGAACCUAGAUGGAAGAUUACUCAAAAUGUCCUGUCAAACUUUGUUUAGCUGCUAAUGGUAUAUAAAGUCGAAACAUUACAUAGAAAAACAAUAACCAUUAUUUUGGGACUUUAACUUUAAAAACCUUAGAUUAUAACACGGUUGUUUGAUUCAAUUCAUCAAACUCUCACUUACCAGUUCUGCUUUUUUAUGCAUCAUCAAAAACAAAGAUCAUUGUGUGCCUGUUAACACUGUUACUGGAAAAACCUGACUAAAUGGAGGGAACUGUUUGUGACAAUAGAGAAUUGCUGCCCCUAUAACAUAGAUUAAACUGUUAAUUUAAUGCCAUAAUAAUGGGUGUGUCUAUGAUCCCUGCUCUGUAAGAGCUAUGUGUAGGUUGUACCAUUUUUACAAAUGAGGAAUGUAUAUAGUGAAUAGUGACACUGACUUACAUUUGUAUUAACAGUGAACAGAAUAAAACAUUUGAAUAUGUGCUAACUUAGUUUCCUGCUUGUAAAGUGAGCCAGAGGAAAAUAGACUACUUUAAUCAUACACUUUUGCACCUUCUAAAAAUGAGCUUAUUCAAGACGUGAUAUGGCACUAUUUUUUUAAGUGAAAAGUCCAUUACUAACCAACAGGUGGCACUAUACAUUAGGUCUAACGCUGCGCUUCUGUAGAAAAGCCACAUUAAGAUUCCAGUAUUGCUUUUUGUUAAAAAAAAAUGCUCUUUUAUCAUAUCCUUUAUUAAACAUACAUGUUUGUUUUGA